UGAAUUGCGAAUUGCUAGAAUCCCAUCUCAUCGCCAGGGGAUCUGGCACUCCCCCUCCCCCAGAAUUUUAGCUGCGUUCGAAAGUCAGAUCCAACUGACUCUGACCUUCUCCCCCACCAACCGCUUUGCACGUGUGACUGACAGCUUACACAACGUCUGUCACCCUGCCUCGUCGCUCGUUUUCUGAGCGCUUGUUAAAUCAUCGAUAAUUUGUUUCAGCUGUUUGCUUGUUACAUUGGCGAUAAUUCAUCUCGCCUACGACGCGUGGUCAAUGGCUUCCAGCAAUGCCGUCUGUAAUGAUGGCAGCUUCUCGCCGCCCGUCAUCUCGUCCAACUGCCGCGGAGGAUUCGACUUUACAGUACUUUUCGAAGAAGUUAUACUGUGUAUCCUCCCUGCCGCUCUCUACUUGAUGGGCGGUUCGCUCGAGAGCGCCUUCAUGCUCGGAAAGCACCGCUCCCUUGUCUCGAAAUCGCCUCUGCGCUUUGUCAAGCUUACAUUCAUCUUCAUAUUUGCUGCAUUGCAGAUAUCUCUCGUCGCGCUAUGGGCCACGAAACCGUUUCCCUCUACUGUAACGCCGCUCGUCUCGGCCAUCCUCGCGCUUGUCGUUGCUGCUGUUCUCGCUGUCAAUUCCACCAUCGCUCACCGAGCUAGUCCACGCCCUUCUCUAACAAUAUCCGUCUAUCUAUUUCUCUCGUCUCUUACCGAUGUACCUAGAGUCAGAACCUUGUGGCUCUUGGGAACAUACACCAACGUUGCCGCCGUCCUUUCGUCUUCGCUUGCCGUCAAGCUCAUUUUACUAUGCCUGGAAAAUAUUGGCAAGCGUCCGUUGCUGCUCGAGAAACAUGCCGACAUAUCUCACGAGGAGACAGCAGGUCUGUUCUCCAGAGGAUUCUUUUUCUGGCUAAAUAGGCUCAUGAUUACCGGCUCGCGUCAGGUUCUCAACCUGCACACGCUCUUCUCGAUCCACCAAAGAAUCAACUCUUCUGCAACUUUCUCCCAGCUGAAAAAAGCAAUUGGAAACACCAACAUGUCACACAAAUACGGCCUCGUCUUUGCAACCCUCAAGGCGUGGCCGUGUGAAGCUGCCAAAAUCAUCUUCCCUAGAUUGGUGGUUCUUGCUUGCAGUCUUAUCCAGCCGUUUUUAGUAGAAGCAGUCAUUGACAAUGUCCUGGCCCCGGACACGCAGGCCAUUCGCAACAGUGGCUACGGGCUUAUUGGUGCCAUCGCGCUAACCUACUUCACCUCAACGGUCAUGACGGGCAUUUACGAACAGCUUACAUAUCGGUACCUGGCUCUUAUUCGUGGCGGACUCAUUACCAACAUCUUCGACAAAUUAAACAACAUCCGCACCAAGGCCGCCACGGAUCGCGAUUCACCCAUCAUGACGCUGAUUGGAACCGAUGUAGAAAGAAUAUGUGAGACGUGGAACUUCCUUAUUGCCGAACUAUGGUCUGCUGUUCUACAGCUUGUAAUCGGUGUUUGGCUUUUAGAGCGACAGCUCGGCGCCGUUUGUAUCGCACCAAUCAUUCUGGCGGGUGUCUCAACAUUCAUUUGCGGAAAGGUUAGCGCUCUUAUGGGCCCUCGUCAAGGUAUGUGGCUCAAGGCAGUCCAAAGACGCGUCAACUUCACAUCUCAUGCCGUGGGACAUAUUAAGAGCAUCAAAAUGCUCGGGUACACGCCUUCAAUUCAAAACAUGAUCCAGUCACAGCGAGAUGAGGAACUCGAAAUCUCCAAGAAGUUUCGACGAGUGUUGAGCUUCAUAGUCUGUCUUGUCAACGUGCCCAACAUUAUUAGCCAGCUGAUUACAUUCGCUGCGUAUGCUAUAGUAUCUCAGGUGCAAGGCAAGGACGACUUUGACACCACCAAGGCGAUUACGUCGCUGGCACUUCUUUCUAUCAUCAUGCAACCACUAGGCCAACUACUUUUCGCUGUACCACAGGCAUUUGCUGCCAUCGGCUGUUUUGAGCGAAUCCAAGCCUUCUUGAACGAAAAGGAAACGCAAGAUGAUCGUGUUAUUGGCCAGAAAAAUGUCACGCUGGAAAAUUCGGAGGCAGGUAUUGCUCUUCAGGAGAUGAAGCCAGUUCUUGGCUCAGAUAAUGUGCCUGCUAUCAGUGUGCAGAAUGCCACCAUUGGAUGGGAAAACCCCGUGGUACACAAUGUAUCUUUCUCAUCGUCAAACGAUUCAAGAUUUAUUGCGUUGGUUGGACCUGUUGGUUCGGGAAAAUCAACAAUUAUCAGCGCGUUGUUAGGAGAAGCUCAAAUCUUGAGUGGCAUUGUUCAACUCGCUACAAACAACAUCGCCUUCUGCCAACAGACACCAUGGCUACCCUCCGGGACUAUACGGGAUCAAAUUAUUGGCGAUGAUUGCUUUUCCAAGGAGUGGUACGAUGAAAUAGUCAGGGCAUGUGCUCUAGACCAUGAUAUUGCGACGCUGGAAGAUGGCGAUCGAUCCCAAGCUGGAGCGCAAGGUGUAUCGCUAAGCGGCGGACAACGCCAGCGUUUAGCAAUCGCUCGUGCGCUGUAUGCCAGGAAGCCAAUUGCCAUUUUCGACGAUGUCCUGAGCGCGCUAGACUCCUCUACCCAAGACAUUAUUGCCGACAAGGUGUUUGGUCGUGAUGGUCUACUGCGCCGGAUGAACGCUACUGUCGUACUUGCCACCCACUCGAUGCGCCAUUUACACGUGGCAGACAUGAUAGUAGCCUUGACAUCAGACGGAAAGUAUACAACACAUGCAGUCGAUCGCUCUCGCACCGAACUCAUCGUACAAGUUGUAAUCCCGGAUGAUCAGCCUGGCCAAGCUGCCUCUAUUUCCGGUGUCACUGCCAAAACAGUCGUUGCGGACAAGGACUUCAGAAAAGAAGCCGAAAAUUUAGCCAAUGCGAGUAAGAGCAUCGGCGAUCUUGAGGUUUACAAGUACUACUUUGCGUCUCUGGGGUGGUCUAGUCUCUGCAUCUUUUUAGGUUUCAUUCUCACCGAGGCUGGCUUCUCCGCGGUACAACUUGUGUGGGUCAAACUUUGGUCAUCCAGCGAUGAUAGAAACAAUUCAAAGUAUUGGCUUAGUCUGUACGCAUUGUGGGCUGUCAUUCGUGCUGGUUGCCUCAUUGCCGCUGUCUACUACCUCUACGUGGGCAUUGUGCCCAAGUCAGGAAAGCGGCUCCAUCGGUCUGUUCUGAAUGCCGCGUUCAAAGCACCCAUGUCUUUCCAUUCAAAAACAGAGGUUGGAACUUUGGUGAACCGAUUCAGUCAAGAUAUGCAGCUCAUUGAUAUGAUUCUGCCUGGUGCAUUGAUCACGGCCUCAUUCCACGCAGCAAGUUGCAUAUCGGUUUCAGCACUCACCAUUGUGGCAACGCCGUAUUUUGCGGCGGUUCUGCCUUUCAUCUUGCUAGCAUUGGGCACAGUCCACCGAUUUUACCUUCGGACCUCCAAGCAGCUUCGACUUCUUGAGCUGGAAAGCAAAGCGCCGCUAUAUUCACACAUCAUUGACACUAUCAAUGGCAUUGUGUCCGUUCGAGCAUUUGGGUGGUUCGCGUCAUACAAAGAUCAAUACUUCCAACUUCUGGACGAAUGCCAGAAGCCAUUCUACCUGUUGCUCUGCAUCCAACGGUGGCUAUCUGUUGUUCUUGGACUUGCAGUCACAUGCAUGGCAACCAUCCUUGUUGCUAUUGCGGUCACGGUACGAGGAUCCAAUGUCAGUGCCGGAUUUACUGGCGUAGCCCUCGUGAACAUGAUGAGUUUGAGUCAAAGUCUUGCUUCUCUCAUUAUCUCUUGGACGUCGUUGGAAACAUCGCUUGGUGCAGUAUCUCGAGUCAAGUCAUUCUCUGAGGACACCCCUGCUGAAGAAAGCCCAGACGUACCUGUUACCGACAAUUGGCCAACAUCAGGAUGCCUCCAAUUCAAUGAUGUUACAGCUGCCCAUGGUGACUCUGUCGCGCUUCGCAAUAUAUCACUUGAAAUUGCAUCUGGUGAAAGAAUUGCUGUUUGUGGUCGGACUGGUAGCGGCAAGAGUUCGCUUAUUUCCUCUGCCCUAGGCAUGACGGAUAUUCGCUCAGGCAUCAUCAAGCUUGAUGGCCAAGACCUUAGUCAAAUUGACCGAGAAACGGUUCGCAGCAGGGCAACCUACAUUACGCAGGACCCAUUCUUAUUCACUGGGACAUUGCGCCAGAACUUGGGUCUCGGAGGUGACAGUACCGAUGCAGAGCUCGAAGAAUGUUUGACAGAGGUCGGUCUGUGGGAGCAGGCGAAAGAAUCAUCCGGUGAGACAAGCACGAAGGCUGUUCUGGAUAUGGACAUGGAGCAGAUGCAUCUGUCUCACGGUCAGAAGCAGUUGCUAUGCCUUGCUCGUGCGCUUUUACGCAAGAGCAAAUUGGUACUUCUGGAUGAGCCGACGGCUAGCGUUGAUACAGUCACUGAAACAAAGAUGGCUGAAGUUAUUGCCCGCAAAUUCAAAGACGCCACCGUCAUCAUGGUCACACAUCGACUUUCGUCAAUUCAUUCAUUCGACAAAGUCGUCGUCUUGAAUACAGGCGAAAUAGUAGAGUACGGACCGCCAGAUGAACUGUUAUCGGAUCCUUCAAGCGCCCUUCACCAGCUUUACCGUGUACAGGCUGACUCUUUGCCGACUGCGGCAGAUUAGUAACUUGGGCAUGCAUGUAGACAUGAGCCUAUCAACAGAGAGUCAUUACUCCCAUGUAUAUUCGGAUUUUCUUUUACAUCACAAAAGUAUUGUAAUUUCGUCGCUCCUGUUUUAGAAACUAUUCUCGCCAUUCUAUGUGACAUGUGACGUGCCGUCGUCUCGUGUAAACAAGCUCAAUUCGGCAGCUCGCUCCUGGGUAAAUGUAAUGGAUAGGGCUGAUGGUGGCUUGCGAUUGCUGUGAUCUCAGGUGUGCGUUGCUCGUACCGUCGCUGGAAAGGUACCAGCAUCAACUUGGAUAAGGAUACAACGGCACAUAUAUUAAUAAAUAUUCUCACGCAAGGAUAACAAUUCAAAUUAAUUUUAUAUUUUU